AUGGCCAAGAUCCUUCUGUGGGCUGCUUCAGGCAAGGACUAUAAACUGGUUUGUUACUACACAAACUGGGCCCAUAAAAGAGGAGACUGUAAGUUCUUACCAGAAGACAUUAACCCCAGGUUAUGUACCCAUCUCAUUUUUGCUUUUGCUGUUAUUGGCAAUAACCAUCAAAUCGUUGCCCAGGAAAGUGAAGAUGAAGAUCUAUACAUCUCAUUUAACAAUCUUAAAAAGAGGAACCCAAACUUGAAAACACUCUUAUCUGUCGGAGGCUGGAAUUUUGGAACUGAAAAGUUCACUGCCAUGGCUUCCAGCAAAGAUACCCGUCUAAUAUUCAUUAAAUCUGUUAUAGAAUUCCUACGACAAAAAGAUUUUGAUGGUUUAGAUCUACAUUGGGAGUACCCAGCAUUUAAUAGAAGCCCAUACCUGGACAAACAGCGCUUUACUUUGUUGGUUCAGGAAACUUUUGAAGAGUUCAAGAAGGAAUCUGGUGAAAAUAACAAACCGAGAUUGCUGCUUUCAGCUGCAGUGGCAUCUGGCAUAAGAAACAUUCAAGCAGGCUAUGAAAUAGAAAAGAUUUCAGAGCCCCUAGAUUUUAUCGGUGUGAUGACAUAUGAAUUCCACGGACCAUGGGAUGUUACAACUGGACCAAAUAGCCCCCUGUACAGAAGUUCUACUGAUUAUUAUGACAUUAAAUACUUUAACGUUGAAUUUGCUACAAACUACUGGAAAGAAAAUGGUGCCCCUGCAGAAAAACUACUGGUUGGAUUUCCAACUUAUGGCCGUACCUUUACACUCUGUUCAGCUGAUAACAAACCUGGUGCUGCAGCAUGUGGUCCUGCAUCACCUGGAAAUUGUACUAAAGCAGCUGGUAUUUGGGCAUACUAUGAGAUAUGUGACUUCUUGAAAGGCGCCAAAGAAGAGUGGAUGGAGGAGCAGGAGGUUCCAUAUGCAUAUAAAGAUGAUGAGUGGGUUACUUAUGAUAAUUUGAAGAGUUUUGAGAAAAAAGUGGAAUGGCUAAAAAACAAUAGCUUUGGUGGUGCAAUGGUUUGGACAAUCGACAUGGAUGAUUCCAAAGGUACUUUCUGUAAGCAAGGAAAAUCACCCCUCAUUAGUAAGCUGAAGUCUCAACUAGGAAUAGAACUAGACCAGUCAUAUAAACAGUGUGUGUAA